AUGGCAGCGGAAAUGUCGAUUGUCCAUAACUGCCUGAUUCGCGGGAUCAAUUCGGUGUACAACCAGUGCAUUAACGUCGCGACGCGAGGAACUGACACAGACAAGGUGGACUUCGCCAACUAUGCGUUCCAGUGGACGGAGUGGGUUCAUGAGCAUCAUAGCAGUGAGGAUAACACGCUGCUCCCGCCAAUGGGCGAGAUCGCGAGGGUGCCGGGCUUGAUGGACGUCAAUACCAACGAGCACGCCGGGUUUCACGAUACGAUUACAGAAUACUCGGACUAUCUGAAGAAGGUCAUACAGGGCAAAGAGGAGCUCCUUGGAGAGAAGGUGAAGAGCCUCAUCGAUUCCUUUAUGCCGGAGCUCCACACCCACCUUGGGAACGAGAUUGAGACACUGGUCAAUUUGGAAAAAUACGCCAAGGUGGACUGGGAUGCUUGGUUCAAGAAGAAGGUGGGCAGAAUGGUAAAGGAGUCUAUGGGCCAAUAUGAAUACCGGAUAAGCAUUUUCCCGUUAAGCAUCGUCUCACACGACAAGUCAUUCGGAGAUGGCGUGUGGCAGAGCUUCCCCCCGAUUCCGUACAUGUUCGCAUUGGCCCUGCGCUGGAUGUACAUGUACAAAAAUCAGCAUUGGUGGAGGUUCGCUGGCUGUGAUUUCAAGGGGUACCCCAAAGAGCUGCCAUUUGCCUAG